AAAAAGAUAACAGAAUUGGCGCAGUUACCCUUACCGAAAAAAAUAAAGUCAUUCAGUUUACUGUUAAAAGAGCUAAAGGGUUCAGAAUUGAUAUAUGUUUAUCAACAAAUGGUUGAUUCUAUUUUCGGAAUGAACCUAUUUGAAGAGGAUUGGGGAAUCUUUAAUCCCAGUAGAAAGAAUGAAACAGCAUUGAAAGCAUUCCUUGGACCAAACGGCUUACUACUACGUACCGCUUGCGAUUUAGUCGCCAACAAAGUUCGCCUACAUUUCAAUCAUGAUGUAUUACCGAAAGCUAUGCAAAAUAAUUUAAUCGCUAGUACUGGUUUCUAUGAUAACCUAGUUGAAUUGAAUGAAAACCGUACAGAAAUAGUCAAUUUUUCCAUCAAUCCGUUUGAGUAUUAUAUGGUCUGUUUUGCUUCAGCUGGCGUUCAAGUAUACUUUGAGGUGUCAGUAGACUUAGAUAAUGAACAAGACAAUGGAACAAUUUCAUUUUACCAGACAUUAGCUACAGAAUAUUUCAACAUGUACCUGCCAACAAGCCCUACUGCAGAAAUUGUGCCUUGUAUGAGUAACGAAUCUAUGAGGCCAUAUCGAAAAAACACUCCGGAAACACCAGUUUUAUGCUUACCGAUACUAGGUAUCUUUGAAAGUCUAACACAUAAACCGAAUAUUUCAUUUUUUGAUGUAGAAGACUUCCGCGUCGAGUCCGUAUUACGGUUUUUUAUGGAUAUUUGGUUUUGUAAUGACAUCAAGUCCACAAAGGAUCUGCCAAGUGCUUAUUUUCUUAAGUUACAAAGAGAAUUUAUUAAGCAUAUAUCUGCGUUUUCUAUUCCUUACAAGGAUGAAGGCUUACACAUGAUUUGCGUGCGCGAAAAUAGUCUUUACUUGUUAAAAAAUAGAUUUCACAGUUACAUAUGGAAACUUUUCCGUUACUGGCCGCUAGAUAAAACAUAUAUAUUUGUGUUGAAACUAUGGUUAAGAUAUUUGGAACCAUGGGCGGCAGAAGCAAAUAAUCAGGAAAAUGGCGAUAGCGGAGAAGAAGAAGAUGAAGAACAAAGCCAAGCCCAAUUGGGUUCCACUUUUAUAUGGAAUGAACGUGUUAAAAACUUUUUCAAAGAAAAUCUGACAAUUUACACACAGAUCUUUGUGGAUGUUCUGCCAUGUUUGGAGAAGCUUGACUAUUUCAGUGAUUCCAAUAUGCAAAUGUUAAAAAUGGUCGUCGAUUUUUUCGGCAACGAGAAUUUUAUGUUGAAACUAAAGGAAACGGAGCAAUUUUAUCUAAAUAAACUUAAUAAGGAACAAUUAGACGGCGUCUAUUAUGGUAUUCAAAAAAAAUUUCUAAUGGUUACCCAGUUUCAAGAUUGGGAUCAACUAUUUGUACAAAGUGAAUACGUUCCUGCAUUUCACACUUAUACGCUGAUAAUGUUCGAAAGAAUUGUUAAAAGUCUAUACAACACUAUAAUUGAUACGAAGAUGAAAAUUAUAGAUUUAGAUACUCAGAUUGAUAAAGUUUCCGAUAGUAAGCCUUUACUUGAUAUAUUCGUGAAUACACGUAAAAGUCUGAUAAGAAAAAUAGAACUGGAAAUGGCUACAAACACAGAGACACUAUGCAAGUUGACCUAUAUCCUCGAUAAUUUGAAAGAAACGAUCUUCCAGGUAUUUAUUAAUCACUAA